AUGAUUAUCAAGAAGCGUUGUCGGGAUAAAUGUGAUAAAUACGCUGGUGAUCGAGAAAAGCCAAAGAAACGGUUGAAGGUGUUGAAGAUGGCUGUUGGGAAAUUCUACUAUCCAAAGGAUAACCCAAAGAAACCAAUGGGAGAAGACGCAUUCUUCAUCUGUGAGGAACAGCGAACCAUGGGUGUGGCUGAUGGGGUCGGUGGUUGGGCCAAGAAAGGGAUCGAUUCCGGUGAAUAUGCCAGAGAGCUCAUGACACAGGCUGUGAAUGCUGUUCAUCUUCAAUCAAAAAAAGGCUUUGUUGAUCCAAGAAAAGUGUUGAACGAUGCUUUCUUGAAUACCAAAGCUAAAGGUUCCUCCACAGCAUCUAUUGUUACUCUGAGGGAAGGGGUGUUGCAUGGGGUUAAUGUGGGUGAUAGUGGUUUGAUGAUCUUUAGAAAUAAUAGGUUUUUGUUUCAAUCAGACUUCCAACAGCACUCUUUCAACGCGCCAUUUCAGUUGGGGAACGGUGAGAGUAGUGACCGCCCUGACUCUGCACGUGAGUAUAAGUUUCCGGUAGAGGCAGGGGAUAUCCUAGUGUUAGGAAGUGAUGGACUUUUUGACAAUUUGUACAUUGAUACUAUUGAAUAUAUUCUGAGCUGGUCAGAUGGAAUAUUGGGAGUCGAUGAUUUGGCUGAGCACAUAGCAGAUGUUGCUCUACUCUUUUCCUUGUCCAAAGAUAGUCGAACCCCUUUUCAAGAUGCUUCUGAGAGGGAAGGACUUAAUCACGUGGGUGGAAAGAAAGAUGAUAUCACUGUUUUAGUAGCUCAAAUUACAGGUGAUUUAGAUAAAGAUGGGUACCUAGAUUAUGGAGAGUUUUUAGCCGUUUCUAUUCAUCUGUGA